GGAGCCACCGCAGGACCAGCACGUGUAAAAAGUUCGGCGCGGGUCUCCGCAGGCCACUCACCUGAGCGUCCGGCGGCCGAGCGGGUUGUCUGGACCUGCGCCGUACUCCAUGUCCCGCCGCAAGGCCGGCUACGUGCCGCGCCGCGUAGACCCCGAGCCCGACCAAGACGACAUGGAGACGCCAGAGCUCGUCAUUGAUGUGAAGCCAGAGCGCGACGCGGGGGCCUUGGCCCUGGGACCCUUGGCCCCGAAGGACGUGUCCAUGCCGGGACCCCUUGGUACCGAGCGUCGUUUCGGCACUGCCCCGCUGCCCCUCGGCGCGCGCAGCCCGUGGGCCCCGUGGAUACCGCUGAGCCUUGAACCUUCCGACCGCCAGCCCUGGACCAACAAGCACCCAGAUCUGUUGACCUGCGGCCGCUGCCUGCAAACCUUCCCAUUGGAGGCCAUCAUCGCUUUCAUGGACCACAAAAAACUGGGCUGUCAGAUCCUCCAGGACGUCGGCCCCAUUUCAGAAUCCAAGGAGAUGAAGGCUCUGAGCUGUCUGCGAUGUGGCAGACAGUUCACCGGAGCAUGGAAGCUGCUAUGCCAUGCCCAGUGGGAUCAUGGGCUAUCCAUCUACCAAACAGAAUCGGAGACCCCAGAAUCCCCACUGUUGGGCCUGGCUGAGGUAGCUGCAGCUGUGUCGGCAGUGGCAGUGGUAGGACCAGUUGAGGACAAGCCCACCACAGUGAGUAGUGCUGCCCGGCGGAGCCCCACUUGCUUGGUGUGCAAGAAGACCCUCAGCUCUUUCAGCAACCUCAAGGUCCAUAUGCGUUCCCACACUGGUGAACGACCCUACGCCUGUGACCAGUGUCCUUACGCCUGUGCUCAGAGCAGCAAGCUCAACAGGCACAAGAAGACCCACCGACAGCUGACACCUGGGAGUCCCUGCACCCCUGCCACCAGCAGGGGGGUCUCUCCAACAGCCCCUCCAGAACCAGCUGACCAUGCAGCUGCUCCAGCUAGCACACUCCCACACCAGGAGGUGGAGAAGGCUGGAGCUGCAGCCACAGCAGGAAUACAGGAACCUGGGGCCCCUGGCAGUGGGGCUCAAGCAGGCCCAGAUGCUAUGGACUGGGGAGCCACUGCCAAAGUACAAAGGACUGACCCUAUAAAGGGUGAGAAGCCAACACCCAAGAAGACCCCCAAGUCGAUGGGCAAGAGCCGCGGACCUGGGAGCAGCUGUGAGUUCUGCGGGAAGUAUUUUGCCAAUAGCAGUAACCUGACAGUACACCGGCGCUCACACACUGGUGAACGGCCCUAUGCCUGUGACCAGUGUCCUUACACCUGCGCCCAAAGUAGCAAGCUCAACCGCCACCGCCGCAUGCAUGGUCUGGGGCCUGGCAGUCCCCGCUAUAAGUGCCCACACUGCUCUGUUCCGUUUGUCCUCCGAGCCACACUGGAUAAGCACAUAUGCCAGAAACAUCCAGAGAUGGUCUCAGUGUAGUUCUGUUGUCUCUUCA